GCCCAUCGCAAACACCGUCAAUCACAAAGCAAAUGUCACAUGCGCCGGCCGUUCAAUACAGCAAUAUUUCGCCGCGACAUUUCACAUACCUUUGCUUCGUAGUUUCCGGCCGGCACUCUACGUACUAAGUAAGUCUGAUGAGACUACAUGGACCCAGUCAUCCAGCAGAGAGACGUUUUCAAAAACAAAAUAAUUGCGUAAAAUAGCGUAAACCUGUCGUGUUAUGGGUAUCCCGCUCACCGCGCUGCUCUCCACGGUGGCGGCGCUGCUGCUCGUCCGGGUGGGCGCUUCCGUCCCCGAGGGUGCCCCUCUACCAGAAGUCGAGCAGCAGACCUGCGACCUGGCCCUGGCGAUGCUCAGCCCGCACCUGGCGACCACCGACGGGUACCCGCCGCAGCUCUACGUCACAGGCCGCGCCCGCUGGCUGGGGUGCCUGCUCGCGGGCCUGCCGCCGGCCGCGGUGGUCCUGGUGGACGCGGGGCUCAAGUACCCCUGGAUAGCCCGGCUGAGCCUGGCGCGGCACAACACCCUGGCGCUGGUCCUCGUGGAGGAUGCGGCGCAGCUGGACGGCUGGCGCUGGCCGGCCCGGCUGGUCUCUGCCCUGGGCGUGCGCACGCUGGUGUGGGUCGCCUCCGCGCCGCAGGACGAGCCCGCCGGGCUGCGGCUGGUGCAGAGCUUCGCCAAGUACGUCCUCCCGGCGUGCGUGUUCGAGGUAAGGGGUGUGUGA